AUGGCGGACGAUACUUACGCGGCACUCCUCGACCUGGCGCUGACCUGCAAGGAUGGGGGACCCAAGCCUUUGCGGACUCGGGAUGGUGAUGGUCGCUGGGGACGUGAAGAUCUCAGUGCGUGGGAAACAUGGAGAGUGCGACAGGACACCAUCAGGAUCUUUCGAAUGUUAUUUGUUUGGAUGGUGUCGGCAGCGGCUGCCAAGGAAGCGUGUGAGAAACUUCCGGACUUUCUCAUAGAGCAUCCCGAGGACCCCAAGGAGUUCAUGGACGCGGCUACUCAUGGUGAGCGUCGGGAGUGGACCUCGUUGUGGGCUUUUCCAGAAGUGCAGUUCAUUAAGGAGGAGCUUGGCUGGCAUUGGUGGCAGUUUGAUCAAGGGCCUCUAGGACAUCCUCGCCGGAAGCCGACAAGGGUGCUAUCAUCAGUACAGUGCCCGCGGGAGCUUCAUGGUGUACGUGGACCUUCGGUGGUCUCCGAGGAGGAGUGCGACCAUGAUGGGGGUGGGUUUCGCUCAUCUUCGUGGGCGUCAUGGGCACCCCAGCUGAAGCAGGUCAUCAAAACCGAGGUGGAGCUGAGUUUGGCUGGAGCCACCUUGGAGCGAGUGAUGAAGCUGGACAAUAGCUUCAUGGAGCACCUCCAGCGGGAUCAUAUUCCGUAUCGUCGAGACUGCAAGGCGUGUUUGGCCGGCGCUUUUCGGGGGCAUGUUCAUCGCCGGAUUGUGGCCCCGGAUGCUUGGUGUCUUUCGCUGGAUUGCAUCGGUCCUGCCAAACAAGGUGAAGACGAACUCUUGAAGAGAGUGAAGUAUGGCUUGAUUGCUACUUUGGCAGUCCCAGAUGUCCUUGGCAAACUCCUUCAGCCAGCAGAACCGGGUGACGAAGAUGACGGAGGCGGUGUGGGACCGGUUCUGGACGAGGACCCGCUCUACGAGGAGGACGCUGAUGCGGACGAUGAGGGCGAGCCCCAAACGGCUGCCGAAAAG